UUUUUCAAUCUCCAGAGGUGAAGCUAUCAUGCAUAUUCUAUCGUCACUCCUUGUCCUAUUGGCCAGUUUACACCACAUCUCUUCUCAAGACUGUCAGACACUACGCUCUGAAAUCAACGUCAACAAAUACGUCAACACCGUUUACCGUGGUCGACAUGUCGAGGUACGGUGCACGGGUCGCCUGGCUUUGAAUAAAUGCGAAGGAACUUGUUGGUCCUAUGAAUCACCGAGUGUUACAGACCCACGUGGAUUUAAAAAGAAAUGUAAUUGUUGCCGGGAAAAGAAACUCGUGUCGCGCAACAUUGUCUUGGAUGAAUGUUAUGAUUCCGUGACAGGGACCUACCUUCACGGUUUGUACCCAACCAUUUCCAUCAAAGAACCCAUACAAUGCGUUUGCAGAGAAUGUGCCAGUUUCAUUUGAGUCAGGCUCACAGCAACAACAGCAACAUCAUCAACAGCAACAACAAUAACAACAACAGCAACAAAUACACAACAGUUACAACAACAAUGACAAGAGCAACAAAACCGAUGACGAUGAGAACAACGACAAUGAGAGAGAAAGCAGAUAACGAUGACGUCAGAAGCGAAAAGGCUGAAGAUGGUUAGGAUUGGUGGAAGUGGUGGUGGUGAAGGCAGUGGCGUUGGUGGUAGUUCUAAAGAAAAAAGAGAUGAUAACGAAGACUAUUGCGAUGAUGAUAAUGACGAUUAUGAUGAUAAUGACCACACGACGAUGACGACUACGCUGACAAAGAUAGCUACGGGCUGAUAAACUGAUCUCCAAACUUU